UGCGCAAGCGCAGAGGGCUCUUCCGGCGCCUAAGCAGGCGGGGAUGCUGCGGUUCCGCAGCGUGCUGAGGCAGCUCCGGUCAACACCCAAUACUCGGGGCUCAGCUCGGCUUCCUCUUCGCGCUGAGAUGCCUAAGAAGGCUGGUGCGACGACCAAGGGGAAAAGCCAGAGCAAGGAACCAGAGAGACCAUUUCCUCCCUUAGGUCCUGUGGCAGUUGAUCCUAAAGGUUGUGUCACCAUAACCAUCCAUGCAAAACCUGGCUCCAAACAAAAUGCUGUAACAGAUUUGACAGCAGAGGCCGUAAAUGUAGCUAUCGCAGCACCUCCAUCAGAGGGAGAGGCUAAUGCUGAGCUCUGUCGGUAUCUUUCCAAGGUCCUAGAACUCAGGAAGAGUGAUGUGGUUUUGGAUAAGCACUGAUAGUUGAAUUCCUCAGAAGCAAGAUGUUUCUCUGGCACCCGGAGGCCUCAACAGUGUCACAACAGCUGAAGUGUCACUUCUUCCUCAUCCUGGGCACACCGUGAUGUAGUGCAGCCCCACUGAUUGGGACCCAUGCAGCCAGCCUGGCCCAGGGCCACUCUCUCCCAGCAUGUCCACAGGUCAAGGGAUCUCUACUUCCAUCCUUAUUUUCCUCAAACGCUGGUCCCAGCAGUAAUCAACCAGACUUCUAGAAAAGAGGAGAUAUCUGCUCUCAAGGCUGCUGUGGGCUCCAGUGUUGUAAUCUACUACUUGAAUCUAGUUGUUUAUUUCAUUCUAUAAUAAUUUAAUAUAGCAGAUGUCAGGAAAAAUCUUUGUUUAGAUAUUGUGUCAUAUCUGGAUAUAUCUGAAUCCUAAAGGAUUAAUCUCAAUAUUAACAAUAUUCACUUCUGCCAGUGUCAAGAGUAUUUUCUGCUGUUGGGCUUAAAUCAAUUUUAAAAUUUGAGAGUUUUAAAAGCAUAUCUUUCUGUGUUCAUAAAUAAACAGAACAAAAAUUC